UAAGUUUACGAUCGAAAUUCCAGUGAAUAGCGGAAAAAACAAUACGCGCGUGAAAAGAAAAAGAUUGAGUUAACGGGGCUCCUGUAUAUACAUAUACACUUAAGAGGGCAUAUACGCACCUAGCAGGAUCCAAAAAAUAGAUUUUUGGAUUUUUAUAUGUUGAUAAAGUUUAAUAUAUCAAGAAUGUCUAGUGCAACGUUCAGGUAGAAAUUCUGAGAAAUGACAAAGUUAUAGUCCCGACAGUACAUUGGUGCGCUGUCGCAGCGCAGCACCGCGCGCCGCUCACAGAACCAUGGCCCCCCACCGUCCAUUCGGUUUUUUGUUUGAAUCUAUAUACUGUGUUUUUUUGUAUUGUAUUCGAUUCGCUGUCGCAUAUUUUAAACAUAACGGCUAUCCAAGAAGAACGUCAGCGUGCUUCGUCAGUAUCUUGCUGUCCGUGUUCGAGUUGGUAUCGAAACGCGUUUUUCUCGAAACGAUACUUUUCAAACUGGUAUCAGAAAAAUUUCGAAAACCACCGCCGAACUGAUUUGCUGCUGCACUUUUUUGUGGUUAUUCUAUACAUAUAUAAUUAUCUCUCGCGUAUCAUAGAUUUUUUUUUACGACAUAGUUUUUUUAGGGAGAAGAGGCGAAAAACGAACAAAUUUUUUUUGUCUUAAAAAUCGCUACGUUAAAUUCAAACGCCCACUGAUUUUGUCAAAAAUCGAUAUUUUUGAAAUCGAUCGGCUAUGAUACGCGAAAGAUAUUGUUACAUAUAUUUUAAUAUUCUAUUUCAUUUUUUGUUUCUGUUGAAUUUUGAUGAAGGUAUGUAUAUGCCCUCUUAAUGAAGCAUUGUUACAAGUUAUCGACGUUCGUCACAACGAAAAGUGCGCGCGGUAUAUAGUACAUCGUAAAGAUAUGUUUUACAGAACCUUGUACAAUAUGAGGAUUCUGUGGCCCGUCAUCAUUAUCAUAGUGACCGGCAACGCUCAUAGUCUCCUAAACAUCGUCAAAAAUUAUGUUCACUCACCUGAGAAAGAGCACGGAUUUACAAGCGACACCAUCAGGUAUGACUUUAUCGUCGUAGGAGCUGGAUCGGCUGGGUCUGUGUUAGCCAAUCGUCUAUCGGAGAAUAAGAGAUGGAGAAUUUUAUUACUGGAAGCGGGAUACGCGCCAAACUUAUUGAAUCAAAUUCCAAUACUCGUCGGCGUAUUUCAACUAACCAAUUACAAUUGGGGUUACAACGUGGAGCCUCAGAAGAAUGCCUGCCUGGGAAUGAUAAAUCGUCAGUGCGCUUGGCCGCGAGGUAGAGCCUUGGGUGGUACAAGUAUCUUGAACUACAUGAUCCAUACACGUGGGAACAGAUUUGACUACGACAAAUGGGCCAGUUUGGGCAACGUGGGUUGGUCCUACGCGGACGUUCUGCCAUAUUUUAAGAAAAGUGAAAGAUUUAACGUACCAGGCAUCAAGAACUCCUCGUAUCACGAUGAAAACGGUUACUUGUGCGUGGAACAUGUGCCAUAUCAUACAAAGCUGGCGACUGCGUAUCUAAAUGCCGGACAAGAGUUGGGGUAUAAAAUCGUGGACUACAAUGGUCAAGAUCAGAUAGGUUUCUCGUACAUCCAGGUAAACAUGGCUCAUGGAAAGCGUUGCGACGCGGCCAAGGCCUAUCUCGAGUCAAUCGAUCGACCGAACUUGGAGAUUAUCACCGGUGCUAGAGUGACCAAAGUACUAAUCGACGCGAACAAGCGCGCUUACGGCGUCGAGUACGUCAAGAACAACGUAUGGAAGAAGGUGACCUGCUCGAAGGAAAUUUUAUUAUCAGCCGGUACGAUCGACUCGGCGAAAUUGUUAAUGCUGUCGGGAAUUGGACCGAGGGAGCAUCUUGAAGAACUGAACAUCCCAGUGAUUCAAAACUCCAAGGUCGGUUACAGCAUGUACGAGCAUGUCGGUUUCCUGGGAUUGACUUUUAUGGUGAAUCAGAGCGUGUCGCUGCUGCAGAACAAGCUCCUUAAUCCAAGCCUGCUCCUGGAGUACCUUCUGCAUAAAGACGGCCUGCUCACAGUUCCAGGAGGUGCCGAGGCGAUUGCUUUCAUGAAAACUAAAUACGCUCCUGACGAGAGACCGGACGUUGAGCUUCUCUUCGUGUCUGGUUCUCUACAUUCGGACAACGGUCAGAUUUUGAAGAAGGCUCUGAGAAUUUCAGAAGAUCUGUACGACGCCGUCUAUAAACCGAUCGAAAAUCAGGAGGCCUGGUCGAUCUGGCCGAUCGUUCAAUAUCCCAGAAGCGUCGGCCGUCUCACGUUGCGAUCCAAGGAUCCAUUCGAGCCACCCAAAAUGGAUCCAAACUUUUUCAGCCACCCGGCCGAUCUAGAGAUCAUUCUGGAGGGAGUAAAGCACGCCAUUAACAUAUCCAAAACCAAAGCCUUUCAGGCCUACGGCAGUCGCGUGCACGACUAUAAGAUACCAGACUGUAGACAGUUUGAGUUUGCUACCGAUGAUUAUUGGCGUUGCGCCAUCAAGCACCUGCCGUCUAUGAUGAAUCACGAGAUAGGAACCGUCAAAAUGGGACCUCGGACGGAUACUUAUGCAGUUGUCGAUCCGCAGCUAAGAGUAUACGGGAUCGAGGCACUCAGAGUAGUGGACGCUUCAAUCAUGCCGACGAUGCCCACUGGCCAUGUGAACGCGGGAAUAUUUAUGAUCGGCGAAAAGGCCGCGGACAUGAUCAAGGAAACCUGGAGGAAUGCAAUGUAAAAGAAAUUCCGCUUUUUACGAAAAGUUUGAGGAAUCGGGGUAUCAACGUGGUGCCCCAUGGAGAAAGGUGGGGAUCAAGGUUAAACGCAGCAUCGAUCGUGAAGCAACGUUCUUGACAUUAAAACGUGGAAUGCGCACACAUAAAUAUUUAGACGAUGUAUAGCUGAAACAUGUUUGCGACAUACAUAAAGAUUUAAAAACAAAGAAACAAUGUAUAAAAUAACGAAAAAAUCCAUUAUUUCUGUUGGGCGACCUUACGUCGUCGAUCUCUUAGCUGUGUGUGUGUCUGUGUGUGUGUGUGUGUGUGUGUGUGUGCGCGUGCGCGCGCGCGCGCGUGCAUAUGUAAAGACAUGAAAAAUUAUGAGGCAACUUGUAACCCUCGAAUUCCAGAUGUAUAUAAGCUUAAAAUAGUCCUUAUCGACAAUAUACAUAUAACUAUCAAUUUUUAUUUUCGUCGUUGAGAACGAUUAUUUCUGAUAAAGUUUCAAAAAACAGAAUUCUUUUGAAAAGAGAGAUCUUUCGUUGCAUUUAAUAUAUUUCUUCCAACAUAUGAUCAAUUAAAUGAUCACGUAAAUAUCAUUAAUCUCAAUAAUCAAGUAAAAUAAUGAUCGAUGCGUCGUAACUAUCGUAUACUCAAUGUUAAUGUUGAUAGACGUAGUAUAAUAAUUAUAAUUAUUGCUCAAGAAUAUUUCUCGAGGACGAGAAAAGCCAUAUCGAUCGUCCUCGUUAGUGACGCAAUUUUGUCAUUACAGCGGAAAUCGUUCUCGUUGCAUUUUGCUUUGCGUGUCGCGUAGCGAAACACUUGCACAAAUGGAUUGAUGAUGGUAAAAGCGAUAUUACAACGAGGCCGAAGGAGGGGGAGAGGGGAUAAACGAAAAAUAUUUUCCAACAGCGAAUAAGCGUUGUGCCUUUAAAGUGCGUUUAAAUCGUAACGUAAAAAAGGAGAUGAGUCAUAUAGUUUUUUUUUAUCCGUCUAUUUGCCUACAAAAUUAACGCACGAUGUGGCACAAGAAACAUUUAAGAAAACCAUCUGCGCGUUGUUCUUUGAAUUACAUUCUUGUAAUGCGUGCGUGUAAAUUAAAAUACUCGAUAAGAUAAUAUACGUACUUGUAAUCGUAACCUAUUAAAAAAAUUACGCGCAGCAAACAUGUCUUAAUAAAAAAAAAUAUCAA